CACAGCCUUUGCGUUAUUGAGGGCGCUCCGGGAGCCCGGCCGACGCGCUAGACUCGGCGCGGGCGUCGCCCCGGCGCGACCAUGGCCAAGGGCAAGGGCAAGAAGGGCAAGGGCAAGGGCAAGGGCCCCGUGGGCCCCGAGGUCGUGACGACGCGGACGAUCAUCCGCGAGCGCGAGCGCUGCAUGUGCCCGCGCCUCGGCGACGCCGCCGUGCGCAGCGAGCGCGCCGACGCCAUCCGCCUCGAGUGCGUCUUCUUCAAGAUCCGGCGCGCCGUCGUCCAGGGCAAGGAGACGCUGGACCUGAGCCGGAGCAACCUGGGCUUCGUGCCCGAGGAGCUGCGGACCGUGCCCGAGCUGCGGAAGCUCACGGAGCUCGACCUGAGCCGGAACCAGCUCUUCGGCAGCGACCACGUCUUCUCCAUGAUCGAGGAGCUCAACGUGCUCCGGAAGCUCAACCUGAGCGACAACUUCUUCAACGGGCCCCUGUCGGAGAGAUGUACGAAGAUGGUCGCGCUCGAGGACCUGGCGCUGGACGGGAACCAGCUCACGGAGCUCCCGGAGAACGUCGGCGACUGGAAGCUCAUGAAGCGCUUCUCCGCGGCGAAGAACGAGCUCAAGGCGCUGCCCGAGAGCAGCGCGGCGUGGACGGGGCUCACGUACCUCAACCUCCGGAACAACAAGCUCGCGGCGCUGCCCGGCCCGGCCAUGCGCCACUGGACGGAGUGCGAGACGCUCUACCUGGGCACGAACGAGAUCGCCGUGCUCCCCGACGAGGUGUCGUUCCUCACGAAGCUCCGCGAGCUCGACGUCCGCACGAACCACCUGAGCCACGUGCCCCCGGCGCUGUCGGCCUGCCGCGAGCUCAAGAAGCUCCACCUCGGCAACAACCGCAUCGCCGACGUGCCCGCCGAGGUGCUGGCCCACCUCACGGAGGUCGAGGAGCUCCACCUCUACAAGAACAAGCUCGACGCGCUCCCGGAGCAGAUCGGCUCGCUGACCAAGUGCACGCGGCUCACGCUGUCGUCGAACAACUUGCGGACGCUGCCGGACGCCAUCGCGUCCUGCCAGUCCCUGAGCGAGCUCUACAUCAACAACUGCGGCAAGUUCGCGAACCUCCCGAGCAGCAGCGGCGACCUCGUGAACCUGCAGGAGCUCCAGGCGAAGAAGUGCCCGGGCCUCAAGUCGCUGCCGAACACGGCCGUCGCCUGGGCGAACCUCCGCGAGCUCGACCUCCGCGCGGCGAAGAAGCAGGUCUGCAAGCUCCCGCCGGAGCUCAUCGCCACGCUCGACGCGCAGCACUGCAAAAUCCGCGGCGGCGUCCAGAAGAAGGGGGGCAAGAAGGGGAAGAAAAAGUAG